AUGGCAGAAGCCGUUAUAAGACACUGGGUGGAAACUCCUGUACGUUAUCAAGAGCAGUUUGCUGUCCAAGAACUGGAAGCACACAAACUGGACCACUCUUUAUAUGCUUUGCCAGGACCUUCUACUGCUGCACUGAGCAACAGAAGGUGUGUGGCAGAAAGUACAGCUGGGGUCAGGACGAGCGGCCAGGAGGAGGAAAACACACGCUUUCAGGUCUUGCUGGAUGUCGUGCAGUUCCGUCCCGAAGAUAUCAUUAUUCAGACUUUCGAAGGCUGGCUCCUGAUCAAAGCUCAGCAUGGUCCCAGGAUGGAUGAACACGGUUUCAUAUCCAGAAGCUUUAUCAGACAGUACAAAUUACCUGAUGGAGUGGAGAACAAAGACUUAUCUGCGCUUUUCUGCCAUGAUGGCAUCUUGGUUGUUGAAAUGAAGAACUUGGUGAAAGAGAAUUAG